GUAAAUACUAUAGGAUGGCCAUCCUGCAUUCCUGUUGCUUGUGGCGUAGCGUUCGCCGGGGAAGCUUUGCAAGCGUCAUCUACACACUGAUCUAUUUCAGCAUAUCCUGCAUAACGAUGUCGCUGUUUCUGCACGAGGAACGUCGGUAUCUGAGGGGCGAGGUAGACAAACCGAUCGGCGAAAGCUUCCUAGAACGGGACACCAUCUCCGGCGUUACGGUCAAAUUUAAUGUGCUGCUGCUCAUCUUCGCCACUCUGGGCGUGCUUUCGUCCGUGCUUGUUCUAAUCGGAUUAAAAAUGAACAACCGUGGCCUUCUGUUGCCAUGGAUUGGGGUCAUGAUAGCGGAUCUGCUGGUGGAAUGUGCACAUUUUGUCUAUCUGAUCGCUAUAGAAACGCUUAAAUUUGAACCACUAACGGCGAUGCUGUUUACCAUCGAUUUUUUCAUCAUGUGUCUUAAUAUUUACUGUUUGCUGUGCGUGAUAUCGCAGUACCAGGAAUAUAAAGCAGGGCGCGGACAGGCCGAUGACGAUUCGUACACUUGCCCCACCAACAUUCAGUACAGUCCACCGGCGCCCACCUGUCUACCGCAAGCCAAAACGACAACACUGAGCCCGGUGAUCUGUCCCCAUUCCAACUGUACCCUCAUCCCGGAGGAAACGCAGAUCAAUGGAACGUUCGUGGGAAGUGUAGCAUCGUCCCCGCUAAGGCCAUCGCCCACGGCCCGUCCACCGAGAGGCUCGCUGCUAAAGAAGCACGUCAAGUUUUCGGCCAGCGAUAAGCAAAAGGGCUGCUGUACCGGGAUCAUUCAUCCGGAAAACAUCAUCAAAGACGGUACCAAACCGAACGGCCACAUGAUGGUGUCGAUUGAGGCGCUGCCCGAGUACAGCGAGGAUAAGCUUUCCUGGCACGAGCAAAAGCUGACGAACGUGAACCAACUGUACCCGAGCGUCAAAAGCUCCACCAUCCACGAACAACACCAGCACCAGCCGGAACACUAACCAUCCUUCGAGGAAAAAAAAACC